AUGUUUGGCAUCUUUGCGGACCUCCUGUCCUCGGCUAUCACUAUAUUAUUCCCAGCGUUUGCUUCCUACAAAGCCAUUCGUUCCGGUAAUCCUGCACAGCUCACGCCAUGGCUGAUGUACUGGGUUGUGCUGUCGGGCAUACUGCUAGCUGAGUCAUGGACGGUAUUUAUUAUCGGAUGGUUCCCAUUCUACAGCUGGAUUCGUCUCUUCUUCCUGUCCUACCUCGUCCUUCCCCAAACCCAAGGCGCCCGCAUCCUAUUCCAGGAAUAUGUCGAUCCCUUCUUCGAGCAACACGAGCGAGAAAUCGAGGAGUUCAUUGGCCGUAGCCAUGAGCGCGCCAAAACCAUAGGUCUGCAAUACUUCUACCAGCUAGUCGAUCUCAUCAAAGAAAAAGUCCUCGGCAUGCCGCCCCAGCAGCAGCAACAGCAAGCAGUCUCACCUCACGCCACCGGUCCUGCUGGAUAUGCCCAGUCACUCCUCUCUCGAUUCAACUUGCCAUCAUCCGGACCUGGCGCCCCACAAGGCCUCGUAGUUGGGGGCGACUGGUACUCUCUCGUCACCUCAGCCCUCGGCGCCGUAACCUCUUCCUCCACCACUACUAGCCCAAGAGGAACCCGCAACCUCGACGCGCAAGCCGAACAACUCUCCGCAAGCGGAAUCCUACAUCCCGACCGAGUGGCGAAACUAUCACGCAACGAAAAAGCGCGGUUCUAUUCCUCGCAGCGCGAACGCCUAGAAAUCCUCGUUUCGGCCCUGGAGAAAGAAGAGCGCAAACUCACCCCGACUACGAGCAAUAGCAGCAGUAGCAACAAUUCUGAUGAUGAUGAUGCUGCUGCUCUCGCUUAUGGCUAUGGUCAUCGCCCGUCGUCGUCGAUGAGCAAGACGAGACUGCGCAAGAAUGCAAGUGAGGUUUCGUUUGACCAGAUUGAUGCGGAUGAUCUGAGUGGGUCUACGGCGUCUAUACAUCAUCAGCAUCAUAAUACCAACAACCAUAAUAACACUCAUUAUGAAGAAGGCAGACCAGCAGCAGGACGAUGGACGAGCGGCUGGUUCGGUGGCAAUUCUAAUUCUGCUACUGCAUCCUCAAAACGCCACGUACCCUCCUCCGACUCCGCGUCAUCGUCAUCGCCGGGCGUGGAGUUUGCGGCUAGGGCUGUGGAUGAGAUUGGACGAGCAUCUGGCUUUUCGAGAUAG